AUGCCGGUUUCUUCGCAAUACCCUCCGAUCGACAUCCCCAAUAUUGACCUUUGGACGUUCCUCUUCGAGCGCAGGGACAAACCUUUCCCAGAUGACAAAGUUAUUUACACCGAUGCGGAUACCCAGCGCGCCUAUACGUUCCAGGAUGUCAAGCAAGCCGCCAUCACUUUCGGACAAGGAUUAAAGUCGGUCUUUGACUGGCGCAAAGGCGAUGUUCUCGCUCUCUACACUCCCAACAGCAUCGACACCCCAGCCGUCAUGUACGGCACACUGUGGGCAGGGGGUGUUGUGUCGCCAUCCAACCCAGCAUACACCGUCGAGGAGCUUGCGUUUCAACUGAGGGACUCAGGCGCAAAGGCGGUUGUCACACAACUGCCGGUUCUGGACGUCGCGCGAGCCGCUGCGAAAAAGGUCGGCAUUCCGGACGAUCACAUCAUCUUAAUUGGAGACCAGCGCGACCCCAAGGCCAGGGCCAAGCACUUUACCUCUAUUCGUAACAUCUCUGGAGCCACCCGCUUUCGCCGCUCUAAGGUCAACCCGGAAAAGGACCUUUCAUUCCUUGUCUACUCGUCCGGCACCACCGGUGUUCCCAAGGGUGUUAUGCUGAGCCACCGCAAUAUCGUCGCCAACAGCCUUCAGUUGGCUGCAGGCGACGAUGGUGAACUCAAGUGGAAUGGUGGCGCGGAUGGCAAGGGGGAUCGUAUACUCGCAUUCCUUCCUUUUUUCCACAUCUACGGCCUGACAUGUCUCGUUCACCAGACCAUUUAUCAAGGAUACGAGCUCUACGUCAUGGCCAAGUUUGACCUUGAAAAGUGGUGUCAGCACGUUCAGAAUUAUCGCAUCACAUUCAGCUAUGUGGUCCCUCCAGUCGUACUUCUCCUCGGAAAGCACCCCAUCGUCGAAAAGUACGACCUCUCCAGUAUGCGGAUGAUGAAUUCGGGCGCUGCGCCGCUCACGCAAGAACUUGUCGAGGCAGUCUAUAACCGUCUUCGCAUCGGCAUCAAGCAGGGAUAUGGGCUUAGUGAGACCAGUCCUACGACGCACACCCAACCCUGGAGUGAAUGGCGCGAGAGUGUGGGCUCCGUCGGAAAGCUUCUCCCUAACAUGGAGGCCAGGUACAUGGACAUGCCCGAGGAUGGGUCGGAGCCUCGCGAAGUCCCCACCGGUGAGGUCGGCGAGCUCUAUGUGCGGGGCCCCAACGUCUUCCUGGGCUACCAUAACAACCCGGCUGCCACAGCGGACUCGAUCUCUCCCGAGGGCUGGUUCCGCACCGGCGACGUCGGCUACCAAGAUGCCAAAGGCAACUUUUACAUCACUGAUCGCGUAAAGGAACUCAUCAAGUACAAAGGUUUCCAAGUAGCUCCUGCCGAGCUGGAGGGUAUCCUCGUUGACAACAGUGCCAUUGAUGACGUCGCUGUCAUUGGCAUUGAGAGUGCUGCUCACGGCACCGAGGUUCCAGUCGCAUAUGUUGUUCGGAGCGCAAAGAGCAAAUCUUCAGGCGUCUCUGCGGAAGAGGAGGCGGCGAACAUCAUCAAGUGGCUAGAGACAAAGGUCGCGCACCACAAGCGGUUGCGGGGUGGAGUACGGUUUGUUGAUGAGAUUCCAAAGAGUGCGUCAGGUAAGAUUCUACGGAGAAUGCUCAAGAAACAAGCACAGGAAGAGGCCGCAGCGCCCAAGGCCAAGCUGUAG